UGCCCUCUCGAGGUUAGGGUUCUUCAGAGAGAGUCUAUAUUUUAUCAGACGAUCCGUCGGAUCUAGUAACGGAAGUUACGUAUAAAAAUUAACAUGUUUUAGAAACUCUUGUUUUUCUCUUCUUUUAUAAACAUCGAUUUCUUUUUUCAACGUAUAGGGCUUUCGAUCGUAUUAUUUGGUAGAUCGUUGCCAUUAAAUUAAAAUUACACGCUUAUACAGAUCUUUCUCUGUUUUCCCAAUUUUUGUUGUUCGAUAUCUUCUUAAUAACACCCACUUUUUUCUUGAAACUAUAUUAAAUAAUUUUCAUUCUUUAACCAAUGGAAACAAUAUCAGUGCAACGUUCACCGGGAAAACAGGUUUCGGAUUUGAGACCAUUCAAGAACCCAAAAAGAAGGGGUUCUCGUGGUUCGCUUUCGAGAUCCGGAGGAAGUUUGGCUCUUCCGAUGAAUCCAACGUCGUCUUGGGGAUCUUCCCCGGCGGCGUAUCCUCCUCCGCCGCCUAAUCACUCGCAGCCUCCUCUUCUUCCUCUUCCACGUGUCAACAGCUCUACUCUCCCUCUGCAACGCGUCAACAGUUCUCGGCCACGUGUCAACAGAUCUACUCUUUCUUGUGCUCAGGCAAGAGCAACGUCUGAAACGCAGAAUAAGAAGAACGUAGAGUACGUUGAAUCCGCACCAAGGUUGACUCGAACCGGUUCGGUUCCGGUCUGGUCUAACCACCUGAAUGAUUUUCCUAAAGGAUUUGAUGGUUAUCCCGGUCCAGCGAUCAUGUUACUAUCUCCUCCGCCGAGUAGUUUGCCUAUGCCUAGGUUUUCGAUCAAACCGAAGCUUCGUUGCAACGCAGAAGCUGCCGGCAAAACUAAUGACGUAGCCUCCGGUAACACCCGGCGAGUUUUACAGCUCCGGUGAAAAAGCAAGCGAUGCUAAGUCAUUACAAAUAAAAUAACCCCGCCCCCAUGGGUUUGGGUCUGUCUUGUUUUUCAAAAUGAUAGAACUCUCUCCUUUUGUGUGAUUUGCUAUUGAAAAAAAGUUUCUUAUAAUGACAUCUAGUUUGUAACAUUAAUGUAAGAAACAAUACAAAAAGGUUUCUAUGA